AAUCGGAACCCACUAACCGUGAAUAAUGUCGUGGUGAUUGAUGGAAUUAGAGAUGGGUCGUUUUAUGGGUGUGGCACAGUCUCCGCUCAACCCCGCAGCUGACGGUCUGAGGUAUAUAAGGCUGUAGCAUACGAUCAUAUCAGUGCCACCGACUUGUAUAUGCGUGACUACUACAACUCAGGCCAGUCUCUAUUGUAACCUACCUUUCAAACUACAAUCUACAAUCUACACCCACCAUGUCAUUCAUCAUCACCGGAGCCAGCGGCUACGUGGGACAAGAACUCGCCGCCGCUCUACUCACCUCCCACCCCGAAGCCACCGUAACGCUCACAGACGUGGUCCUCCCCAUAGUCCCCCCAUCCGCAACGCAGCACUCCUCCCGCACGAAAUGCAUCGCAGCCGAUCUCACCUCCCCCGCCGUGGUGGAUGACCUCUUCACCGACUCCCACCGCUUCGAUACCGUCUACCUCCUGCACGGGAUCAUGUCCAGCGGCUCGGAAGCCAACUUCGAACUAGGCAUGCGCGUCAACCUCGACGCAAGCCGAUACAUCCUCGACCGACUGCGCCAGGUCAUGCCGGGCGUGAAAGUCGUCUUCACAUCCAGUCUGGCCGUCUACGGUCUCGCGCCACCAGGCUUCGUGAUCGAUGAGACGAAUUUUCCCGCUAUCCCGUCAUCUUCGUACGGAUCGCAGAAACUCAUCGUGGAGACCCUGUUGAAUGAUUACUCUCGUCGUGGGUUCCUGGACGGUCGCGCGGUCCGACUCCCCACUGUGACGGUUCGAGCUGGGAAACCGACUCAAGCGGCGAGUAGCUUCGCUAGUGAUAUUAUUCGCGAGCCGUUUAAUGGGAGGAAGGCGGUGUUGCCGGUGAGUCAGGAUACGGAGAUGUGGAUUUGUUCGCCGGCGACGGUGGUGGAAAAUUUGAUUCGGGCGAGGGAGAUUCCGAAGGAGAAGUUUGGGGACUCGAGAGCGGUCAAUUUGCCUGGGUUGAAGGUUAGUAUUCGGGAGAUGUUGGAGGCGUUGGAGGAGAUUGGGGGGCCGGAGAAACGGGCGUUGGUCGAGGAGAGGUAUGAUCCGGAUAUUGAUCGGAUUGUGCAGACGUGGACGCCGAAUUUUGAUCCGAAGAGGGCGUUGGAGAUGGGGUUUGUGGGGGAUGUGUCGAUGAGGGAGAAUAUUCGGCAGUAUGUGGAGGGGUUGUAGUAGGUAGAUGUGGUGGUUGUGGUGUGAGAAUAAUCAACUGGUUGUAUGUAUCUGGG